GACUCGUUCGCGAACGCCACAUCUCUGGAAGCUACGGAAAGCCGUGUGCUGUUUACAUGUGUCCCUUAUUGAUAUCCGAAUACUGACCUUCCUGGUGGGUUAGUACAGUUUCAGAAUAUGUCACACCGUUUUAACAGUUCAUACAUGGAUCUGUAGACAAGUGUACCAAACAUGUCGGCGUUUAGCCUCCUGGUGAAAGGCACACGCCGCGGCGUGCUAUCACGGAUUGUUUGGCCCUGUAUUAAAGUGUUAGCUAACGAUGUGGACUCAGUUACAAACAUAGAGACCCGUGGAGGCAGAAGAAACCACAUCACAAAUGCAACGCGUCCAUUCAGCUCAGAAACACUCAACUCCAAGGUACCGAAGGUUGCAACAUGGGAACCAGUUUCAGAGGACCAGCUGCCACUGCCUGCCCAAAUCCCUGCUGACCUGGUGGACAAACUGGAGCGCCUGGCCUUGGUUGAUUUCCGCACCAAACAGGGACUGGAUUGUUUGGAGAAAGCUAUACGGUUUGCAGAUCAGCUCCAUGUUGUUGACACAGCUGGGGUUGAACCAAUGGAUUCAGUUCUGGAGGAAAGAACACUAUACCUAAGGGGUGAUGCUGAGACAGACGGUGACUGUGCUGAAGAACUGCUUCAGCUUUCUAAAAACACAGUUGAAGAAUAUUUUGUUGCACCACCAGGCAAUAUCCCUCUACCAACGAGGGAGGAGAGGACUGCCAUGCUGAAAAACUCAGAGUUUUGAUCUUUAUGACUUUGUUUUUUCUUUUUAAGCUGUUAAAUCAAAUAAUCUGAUCAUGUGUCGAGA